ACGUGCGGGAGCAGGCGCCAAGCGAAACGAGGGGGAGCAAGAAGUUAUCUUCUUCUUCUCCAUUCAAUCACCGUAUCCAUCCGCACGCAGAGUUGCCAGGAGGAAUAGCGCCUCAAAUGACGAAAUUGUCUCUCCCAUGGCUUCCGCUUCUCUAGGCGCAACCCUCAUGGACUUCCACGAAGCUCCUUCUCACCGCCGCCACCUCCACCUCCUCUCUCCACGCUCUUCCCUUUUCCCCUCCGACCGCUUGCUAUUCCCCAGGUACUUUUACCAUCACAUGCCGCUGGAGAAUAAUGUGUACAGAUUCACUCUUUGUAUAGGCACUCAUAAUUCAGUCUUAAAGUCAUCUAUCAAGUCUAUGAGGAAAGGCAACUCCAGCACCGCCUUCAAAGGGUUGUGCAAGGUCAUUUGGACCAUAGAAGCGGAUUUGGAAGAUGGGCAGCUUCUGUAUAUAACUGGGGAUCCUAAUGUCUUGGGUUGCUGGGAACCGGAUAUGGCUGUUCUAAUGUCUCCUACUGAGCACACUAACUUAUGGAAGGCUGAAGUCAAGAUAACUUGUGGGAUAAAUUUCAAGUAUAAUUAUUUCAUAAAAGGAGAUGCAUGGCCAUCAUGUGAUAUCAUUUGGAAACCUGGCCCUGAAUUUUCUCUAUUGGUACCUCUUCAUGGUAAACAAGAUAAAAAAAUUAUGGUGCGGGAUUCAUGGAUGACAUCUAAUGCCAGAAGGCCUACAGCUCAUAUAUGGGGGUCAUGGAUGGAGGAUUCAUACUUCCCUGCAGAACAUUUGAUCUCACCUCCCUCUAGAGAUGAAGAUGAGAUUGCCAAAUGCCUUAAAAGUGAUUCUCUGUCAAAGCUAUUCUUAGAUGAUCUCUCAAUCGAGGAUAAAUCUUUCUCUGAUAAUGAGGAUACAAUUAGUGCUAUGAGUAAAGGCUUAGAUUCUAAUGGAACAGUCUCUAUGAGAGAUCAGCCAGUUGAGGAGCCUUGGCUGCUCCAAUCAUCUCUUAUUGCAUCCAAGGAAGAGAUGGUUUCCAACAUGUCUAAAAAUAUAGAUACUGCACAAGUUGAGGUAUCUCACUUAAAAUUGCUUGAUCAGAGUUACCUACAUACAGAAAAGCUGUUGCCUGAAGAAGGGACUAAUCUAAUUUCCAAGGACGACUCUGUUUCUACUGUUAUACUGAUUAACUCUUCUAUAUGUACCAUGCAAAGAAUUGCUGUAUUAGAAGACGGAAGUUUGGUUGAGUUAUUGCUGGAACCAGUCAAAAGCAAUGUGCAAUGUGAUAGUGUUUAUUUAGGGGUUGUCACAAAACUUGUUCCUCACAUGGGUGGUGCAUUUGUAAAUAUCGGGAGUUCUAGACCUUCUCUUAUGGACAUAAAACGGAGUAGGGAACCAUUCAUAUUCCCUCCAUUUCAUCAUGGAACAAAAGAAAAGGACAAUGGUUCUGUAUUCAACACACUUAGAGAGAAUCCUAUAGCCCAUGAAAAUGAACACACAUCAUAUGAUGUCGAAGCUGAUGAUCUCAGAGAAGUUGACUUUCAGGAUGAUCCAGUACAAUUUGCGCAUGAUGAUUUUGAGGAGCAUGAAGUUGAGGAUGACUUUGAUGUUCUUAAGAAAGAUCUGAAUGGCAGCAUUGUCGAUCAUGGUGGGGUGGAAGUUGAUUUUGAUGACUACUCAGAUGGAAUAGAGAACCAUAUAGAUGGUGAAACCAUUAACAAUUUCCUUCCUGUUGAAUUAGAGAAAGGUUUUCAUGAUUCCCAGCUGCCCCCUCUUCUAGAGAUGAAGGAUUCUAGACAAGCAUAUACUGUUGAGAAUAAGUGGGCACAGGUUCAGAAAGGCACCAAAAUAAUUGUACAAGUUGUUAAAGAGGGAUUGGGUACAAAAGGUCCCACACUGACAGCUUAUCCAAAAUUAAGGAGCAGAUUCUGGGUACUGCUUACUUGUUGCAACAGAAUUGGAGUCUCAAAGAAAAUUUCUGGCGUUGAGCGUACAAGAUUGAGAGUCAUUGCAAAAACUUUGCAGCCCAAGGGUUUUGGUCUGACUGUAAGGACUGUUGCUGCGGGUCAUACCUUAGAGGAAUUGCAGAAGGACUUGGAAGGCUUGCUCUCAACUUGGAAAAAUAUAGUGGAACAUGCAAAAUCUGCAGCUCUUGCAGCAGAUGAAGGUGUGGAAGGGGCAAUCCCUGUUAUUUUGCAUAGGGCAAUGGGUCAAACUCUCUCCGUUGUCCAGGAUUAUUUCAAUGAGAAGGUUGAGAGCAUGGUAGUCGACUCACCAAGGACAUAUCAUGAGGUUACUAACUACCUUCAGGAAAUUGCUCCUGAUCUUUGUGAUCGAGUUGAGUUAUACAAUAAAAGGGUUCCUCUCUUUGAUGAAUUCAACAUCGAAGAAGAGAUCAAUAAUAUUCUAAGUAAAAGGGUCCCGCUCCCUAAUGGAGGUUCUUUAGUGAUUGAACAAACUGAGGCAUUAGUCUCUAUUGAUGUGAAUGGUGGGCACGGGAUGCUUGGCAAUGGCACUUCACAAGAAAAAGCUAUUCUUGAUGUCAACCUUGCUGCAGCAAAACAAAUUGCAAGGGAGUUACGACUGAGAGAUAUUGGCGGCAUCAUCGUAGUAGAUUUCAUUGAUAUGUUGGAUGACUCAAAUAAGAGAUUGGUGUAUGAAGAAGUUAAGAAAGCUGUUGAGAGAGACCGGUCAAUGGUGAAAGUUUCUGAAUUGUCUAGGCAUGGGCUUAUGGAAAUAACCAGAAAGAGGGUUCGACCUAGUGUGACGUUUAUGAUUAGCGAACCUUGCAGUUGCUGUCACGCUACUGGGAGAGUUGAAGCUUUGGAAACCUCCUUCUCAAAAAUUGAACAAGAAAUUUGCCGGUUGCUUGCAAUGACAGAGGAGAAAGCUGACCCUGAAAAUCCUAAUUCCUGGCCAAGAUUCAUCCUGAUGGUUGACCGCUUCAUGUGUAACUACUUGACUUCAGGGAAAAGGACAAGAUUGGCAAUCUUGAGUAGUUCUCUCAAAGUCUGGAUUCUUCUAAAGGUUGCCAGAGGUUUCACUAGGGGUGCGUUUGAGGUGAAACCUUUUACUGAUGAUAAAGUGAACAUUAGUUCACAUCAAGGUCCCAUUUCGAUGUUGCGACCAACAGAGGCUGGAACCUACAAUCCCAGAAGGAAUGUAACCCUCUUUCCAAUCAAAAAAUGGAAGACUGGUGGGAAAUGAAGUUGGUAGAUUCUCUUCUUUGCAAAACAGCCCAAUUUCUCAUUUCCUUGUUCUUCCCUUGUUCCUUCUUUUCUUUCGAGGGGCCGGCAGAUUACUGGCAUGUAACUUGUUUAGGUCAAAUAGUGGGUCAUAGUUUUUCCCCUUCUGCAUUUUUUUGGCUAAUGAGUCCUGUUGUGCCAAUGCUAAGUUGUCCAAUUUUGUUGUUAUCAACAAUGUUGUUUUUCUCCUAAUAAUCAAUAAUCUAUAGAUUUAUUUGCUAGUGUCUUA